AAAGCAAGUAGUCAGCCAAGCCGAACCAUAUGAAUUUGUCAAUAUUCAAUUGGUCAAUCACAAAAAAAAAAGUUUUGAUAUGGCUCAAUGCAAAUUCAUUGUUCAAGUUGUUUGGGUCUCUAGUGAGUUAGGGUGGAGGGGCCUGCAAAGGACUUUAAUCUUUCGCUCGCUUAACAAAGGCCAGCAACCAUCCACAAGAAGCCCAGGAAACCAUUCUCCUCCAGGGCAUGAGAAAAGUCCACAACUGAACAAGAGAGCAACAGAGCGAGCUCCCGGAGUAAGCAGGAGCUGCCGGAAGCACGAGUACCUUACUCCGCUGCCUUUCUCUACAAGCCGCCACCAAACCCGGUGCCCUCCCGCCCUCGUUUCCCCCUACUUCUCAGGGGCCUUUCCCGGGCUGUGGAACACAAAAGAACCGACUGCGAGGCGGCGCGCGAAGCUGGGAGCCUCCAGGAAUCCGCCGUCGCCUGGGGGAGGGGAUCGUCGCUGAGUCCCGCCCGUCCCCACCGAGUCCCCACCGAGUCCUCUUUGAGGGCUGGUUGAGGACUUGGACUUCUCCGACCCAUUCUCGGAAACUCAGCCUGAGCCCCGACCCUCCAGCAGCCACGAAGCUCUGGAAAGCCAAAAAGUCUCGGCGCUAUUUGACCCCGAGGGCUGAUUGGAGCCAGGACUUCCAGCCCCAGUGCGUGCGCUUGGCAACGGCCACGGGAGGCGGUUUGCUCUUGCACCCGCAUCGUCCUCCCGCUCCGGCCAGUAGCACGGUGCGCUGCACAUAGGUAGCAGAUGGUGGCUGGUGGCCGGGAGUCCCGCGUCCCCCACCCCCACCCGGCCUUUCUUGGAGCUUUCCUUACCGCAGAAGAGUUCUCAAGACCCGGACCGAACGACCUCUCUUCGCCCUGCCUGAAAGCGAGCCGGUGGCCUGAAAGUCUCACCACCUCCUGCUCGCGUCUCAGGAACCCAGCGACCUCCACCCCUCCACAGGAUGGAAGGAGCACCCGAGCGGAGCAAAGUGGCGAGGAGCGGAGCGGGUCACCGCCGCGGGGGGUGGGGGGGAAGUUUGCACGCUCUAACCAGUCCUCCAGACCCUGGGAUCGCCCAGUGGCUGGGACCCGCACCGCCCUUCAGCCCCUCCAGCUCCGGGAAGGCAAUCUAGGUUCCCGCCACCUGCUGUGGAGCCAGAGGGAGACACUGGUCGACCUUUUCCACUCCCCAUCCUGCCCUGGGUGUUCUAGAAGAGGGGGAGCUCAGCCCCCGCGCUGGGUCGGCACCCGGCGCAACUCACCUCUCCCGUCCAGCUCCGGCCCUGGUGUAGGAACCCUUCAGCCCCUCGCCGCCAGGCUGGGAUCCCUCCACUUAAUUCAUGAAUUAUUUAAAGUCCAGCCCCAAGGCACCACAGGGGUGAUUGGGUGAGAGUCCGUCCCACUGCUCCGCCCCGGGUUAGCUAAGGGUGCCUGAGGCAGGACUUCUGGACCCCAGGACUCUGAGAACCUGUUGCAUCCUCUAAGGUCUCUGGCAGAGGUUCGGGGAUGCAGCUAAAGGAAUACACCGACUCCUUCAGAAAUAUACUUACUGGGGGCUGAGCUUGAGGCCAAGUGCCGGGGUCUCCACAAGGCUCAGUAAUUUAAAGAGCAGGAGCCUAGGGCGCGCUCUGAUUGGACGUUCUGAGCGGCUAGGCUACAACGCCCUAGGGACACCCACGGGACAGAGCAUUUAUUUCCUGCUGAAAUCCCUGCUCAAUCCUAGAACACCCUUCUCUGUCACCUAAUCCUAAAUCGCUCCUUGAAAGGCCGCUAGCUCCUAAAAUCCCUAAUCUCCACAUGCUCUUUACUGGCUCUUUAGACAGUGUACCGGUACCCAGUGCAUUUUAUUAAAAACAACUUAAAUAAAUAAAUAAAUAAAUAAAUAAAUAAACCUAAGGGGAGGAGGAUAAACAAAUUAGGGGCUGGAGUGUAUUCCUGUGCUAUCAGGAACGGAGACUACAAUUGGCGGUUUUGAUCCACUCACAUUCUUGGUCAACCAAAGGUGGAUAGAGAAUAGACUGGGGAAGAAUAUCACCGUUAGGACAUUUUUACCACCAAAAGAAUGCGUGUUAAUUGUAUGUGGGUGGUUAGGUGGAUAGACGGAUAGAUGAAAGAUAUUGGAAGUACGGGUAUAUGGACAUAUGAUCUUUUAAAAAUAUUUUACGUGUAUGAAUGUAUGUGUAACACAUGACCGUGGAGUUGAUUAAAAGAAGGUGUUGGCUUCCCUAUAACUGGGGUUACCAGCGGUUGUGAACUA